CUGCACUCGGGUUGUUUUGGCACUCAACAUGGGACCAGCAAAUUGAUCGGAGGUUGGUCGUAUAAAAGUUACUGGUAUAUGUGCUCGGAUCAAUUAUCAAAUGAUGAUAUAAAGAAGGGUUUGUCGAUGUUAUAUUAGCCGUGAUGACGAGCAACAACUAUAGUUUUCAUAGACUUGUCUAAUUAAAAUUCUGGACAGAUGUUACCCAAAUACCGAGUCCAUCGAACGCUACACACGAGUAUAAAAAAAAUCUGAAGUUAGUUGUUUGCAGAGCAAAGAUUACCGAUUGGUUUGAAGUAUAGAUCAAAGUAUUCGACUGCACUAUUUGAGGAUUGCAACUGUGCCACAUAAACUUAUCAGAAAAUGGCUGAAAAUUUCACGGAAGAAGAAAUCGAAGCUUUCAAGAAUGCUUUUCAGCUUCUGGACAGGGAGGAGAAUGGUUUGGUAUCGUUCAAGAAGAUUGGGUUCUUACUCCGUUCAGUUGGGGAAAAUCCUUCCGAAUCGAAGAUGAAUGAUAUCAUCAAUGAUCUACACGACGCCAAUGGCUUCGAGCGUGGCCGAUGGAUUGAUUUCACAGAUUUCCUCCUCAUUAUGUCGAAGAUUAGACACGAAGAUGAGGGGCAUGACCUUGCUGAUGUAUUCAAAGUCUUUGAUAAAGAGGCCACAGGAAUCAUGAAGACAGACGAACUUAAGAUGGUUCUAGAAAUUCUGCAGGAUGACGUCAUCCAAGACGAAAUCCCUGAGAUGCUGGCCGACUUUGAUCUAAAUGGUGACGGUACGAUAUCAUUUGAAGAAUUUGCUGCUGUGAUGGAAUUCAACAAGAAAAGGGCAAGUGCACACGAACCAAGUAGUGAGGCUGGAUCAACCGCGGGGGAUGCUGGGAAAGAUAUAGCGGCUGUGAUGGAGAUCGUCGAGAAAAGGGCGAGUGAACAUGAAACAAAUAGUGGAUCAACCACGGAGGAGGCUGGAACAAGUAAAUAGCAACUUAAUGAUAGACUCGUCUUCCCGGAAUCUAGUCCAGGUUCUGACUUUCUCAAGUUUGAGUCUUCAUUACAAGCAUAUAAGGCAACGAGGGCAACAAGGGAAGUCUUAACUCCAUCACGAAAGGAAAGUGACGAAACUUUUACGAAGUUCCAAUCAGAUUCUAAAUCCCUUGUACAUGUGGCUCUCGUCUGCAACAAAAACUCCGACAACAAACUAUUAAUGCAAGAGAUACAGAGCUAAUGACCUGUUAAAUGAUGGAAGACCUUUUGAAAGGUAGAGGGGAGAAUACCACCGAUGACUUACAAAACGAUUCAUUUUAGAGGGGAAAUUCGGAUGCCACAAAUGCAUGGAAUGGUGUUAGACCUAUUGAGAAAAAACUGACCCAGUCUGUAUGCAGAGAGCUAGAUUGUUUUCAUUAUUAUGUAUAUAUCAACUUUUUAUAUGGAUGCAAUAACAACGUCGGCGUGCCUAAAGUUUUAACUGGUCUGAAGGCUGUAUAAGGAUGUAGAUUAUUUUGUAAAACAUAUAUAGAUGUGCUGAUCUCGGGUGAUAACAUCAAAAUUAAGCAGAUCUGCAAAA